AUGCGACAUCAGAGCAAGAGCAAACGACGGCAGUCCGCCAUGCCAGGAGAACAGGCGUUGCCCCGCAUCAUCAUCGAGAAGGAGGAGCCGUGGCUCCGCGUGCAGGAGAACGUGAACCGGGCACUCGCCGACGCGCUCGAGGUGCGCUUGUCUUCGUUGCCGGGGGGAGCGAAGGGGGAGCAGGCUAAGAAGCUGCGGCCCUCACUCGAACAGCAUCUUGAAUCCGUACGACGAAGGAUGUGGGAGAUGACGAAGCCAAACCUGCGCGUGAAUGGGUUCAAUUAUGAGGACUUUGUUGAGACGACCGAACCGUUUGACGAAUCACUCGACCGACAAAUCUGGGCGCUCAACACGGAGCGAGUGAACUGGGAGACCAAGGUUGUCGAGAAGCGCCGUAUCAAGGCCGGCGAGGUUGCAAACCUCAUCGACGACCUCGAGCUGCGACGAGAUGCCGCGAUCUGGAAGCCAACCGAGGAAGACGAGAGACAAGAACUGGAAGCGCAGGAGGCGGACAUUGCCAAACCAGAACGACAUGCCGAAGUACUGGAGACGUUUGGCAAAGUUGUCAGCAACCUGUCGGAAUUGGCCUCGUUAUCACGAGCCGAGCGGGUGCAAGUUGUGCGCGAGGAGCUCUCACGGUUACCGUGA